AUGGAGCCUUUCAACCAUGACAUCCCUCUCGGCCUGAAAUCAAUCACCACCUACGUCCAGCGCGCCCGCGAGGUGCAGGACAUUGAUCCGAUUGUUUCGUACUACGCCUUCCUGUGCGCCGUGGAGAAUGGCGUCAAGCAGAUGUCGACGCUGCCGCCGCCGGAGAAGAGCGCCUCACAGCCCUUCCUCCUGCAGCUUCUUGGCCAUGUGGAAAAGAUGAAGCCCACCGUGGAGAUGCGCCCGGAUUUCGCCGACCUGCACUCCUCCCGCAAGCGCGUCGAGAACAUGGCUGCCCGGGUGUUCCUCGCGGCGGAUGAUGAAGAUCGCAAGGGCACACCGGCCAUGAAGACCUCCCAGAACUUCCUCGUGGCGGCCUGCUUCUUCGAGGUGCUCAACAGCAUGCCGGUCCCCAGCGGCAGCCCGCCGGAUGGCUCGCCAGCCGGGAUGCCACGCGAGGACAUCGACAACAAGAUCAAGUAUGCCAAGUGGCGCGCGGUGGAGAUUUCCCGGGCCAUCCGGGAAAACCGCCUCCCCAGCCCGCCGACCUCCUUCGACAAGCAGGACCCGGCGGCCGGGUCUCCCACCUCGCCGGCCAUGGCGGCCACCCAGUGGGACGCCCCGCGCGGGGACAACUCCUUCCCUGGCUCGGCCUCCAUGACCCAGCACCAGCACCAGCACCAGCACCAUGCCAUGGACACCGACCCGAUCCCCACCCCAUCCCUUUCGGCGUCCACCUCGCCGAACAACUUCCACGGCGAGUAUGCCGGCGGGGCGGGCCACCAUCAGCAGCACCAGGGCUUCGGCGGCCACUCCCACGGGCACUUGGCGCCGCAUCCGGGCUAUGGUGGCCCCGGGAGCGGCGGCGGCAGCCCCAGCGGCAGCCCCUCCCCCCAUGACCCUCGGUCGGAUUACCACCAGCCGCCGCCGCCGGCGCAGCAGCAGCAGCAGCAGCACCACCACCACCACCACUCCCGGCACCAGCAGCACCAGUCGCCCACCGCCCGGUCGCCGACGCUCUCCGGCCGGACGGCCACCUCGGUGCCGGAUGCCUUCCGUGAUGAGCCGGUCGGCCGGUCACCGGUCAUCAUGUCCAAGAACUUCCUCGAUGAGGAGGACGACUUUUCGGAUGACGAUGACCCGGCCGACAUGUAUGACCCGGCCACGCUGGCCGGCAUCGAGCGCCUUGCCCGGCACGCCGCCUCGGCCGUCCAAUAUGCCGACAUCCCGACCGCCCGUGCCCGGCUUGAGGAGGCUCUGCGCAUGGUCGCGACGGCCGAGCAGCAGGCCCGGGCCGCCGCCGCGCGGCGCCGGUAGGCCUACCGUGCACCCGACCCACUGGCCGGCCUCUUCUUCCCUGUGUGCGCCGUACACGUGCGCGGAUGGGCCGGGCGCCCCUUCUCGCUCGCCUGCCUGUCUGUCCAUGUGCACGUAUGUAGGGGGGAGGGGGGGGAGGGACCAGGGGGGGGAGGGAUGUGUGCGCACAUGCAUGCACGCGCGUGGAAACAUGCCUCCGCCUCCUUCCUUGCCAGGACGGCCUUGCCAAUAUACCCCCUCGUCCGCC